GCGCGCCCUGUCGCCGAGCCGUGUGGCCUUGUGCGCCACUGAGGGCUCACAUUCGCCACUGGGUACUUUGAGACGAGCCCUGCCCAGUCAAUCAUUUCCCCGGCAUUACAUGAGGAGCUGAUGUAGGAGGUCCCUCCCGCCGCUGAAUCCUCCCAUCCCACAGUGAAUGACGUCAUGUUCCUGAGCGUCUAUAGAAGGGGGAUGAUAAUGUCUGUCGCAGGCUGCUUCAGGAGGCUGUGAUCCAUCGAGAGACUCCGUUGAGCCUGGAAAGUGUGGAUGGCGCUGCUGACGAGGGACCCUGAUCUGGCGAACCGGCUUCGAUGCCCCGUUUGCCUGGAGGUCUUCAAGGAGCCCCUGAUGCUACAAUGUGGCCAUUCUUACUGCCGAGAUUGUCUGAACGCCUUGGCCCACCACCUGGGCAGCCAACUGUUCUGCCCCGUGUGCCGGCGGGUGGAGCCCGACGUCAGCAACUCCCCGCCCAACGUUUCCCUGGCCCAGGUGAUCGAAGCUCUGCACCUCCCAGGGGAGCAGGAGCUGAGCCUCUGUCCCCAUCACCGAAACCCUCUCAGCCUGUUCUGUGAGAGGGACGGGGAGCUCAUCUGUGGCCUUUGUGGCCUCCUGGGCUCCCACCAGCAGCACCAGGUCACACCCGUCUCCACUGUGUACAGCCGCAUGAAGGAAGAGCUCUCGGGCCUCUUCUCGGACCUGAAACAACAGCGAGAAAAACUGGAGGAACAGAUCACCAGAUUAGGGAACAACCGGACGCGGAUCACGAAUGAGUCCGAUGUGUUCCAUUGGGUGGUCCGGAGGGAGUUCCAGGAGUUGCACUGCCUGCUGGACGAGGAGAAGGCCCGGUGCCUGAAGGGUGUUGAGUGCCACACACGGGGCCUUGUGGCCUCCAUGGACAUCCAGCUGGAGCAGGCCCGGGGCACCUGCGAGCGGCUGAACCGCGCCCAGCACCUCCUGGAGCAGCUCAGCGAGGAGAGUCCCCUGGACUUCAUCCAGUACCGUGCCACGGCCUCGAGCCCCGAGCUCCGGCAGACUCUGCUCCUGGAGGGAACCUUCCAUGCCGUCUCCUUCAAGCCCGGCUUCCAUCCGGCCGACCUCAAGAUGGCGGUGUGGAAGCGACUGUUCCGCCAGGUUCUGCCCACCAUGGAGGCUCUGAAAUUGGACCCGGCCACGGCCCACCCACUCCUGCAGCUCUCCAAGGGGAACACGGUGGUCCAGUGCAGCCCCCUGUCCCAGCGUUGCGUCGGCCACCCCGACGGCUUUGACUACAACACCUGCGUCCUCACCAGCCGGGGCUUCUCCUGCGGCCGUCACUACUGGGAAGUGGUGGUGGGCAGCAAGAGCCACUGGCGGCUCGGGCUCAUCAAGGGCACCGCCAGCCGAAGGGGCAAGCUGACCAAGUCCCCGGAGCAUGGAGUGUGGCUGCUUGGGUUCAAGGAGGGCCGGGGGUACGAGGCCUUCCAGUGCCCCCGUGUGCUCCUGCCCGUGGCUGGCCGCCCCCAGCGGAUAGGCGCCUAUCUGCACUACGAGCAGGGGGAACUCACUUUCUUCGAUGCGGAUCGCCCCGAGGGCCUCCAGCCCCUGUACACCUUCCAGGCUGACUUCCAAGGCAAGCUGUACCCCAUCCUGGACACCUGCUGGCACGAACGGGGCAACAAUUCCCUUCCCAUGGUUCUGCCUCAGCCCCCAGGGCCCGGCCACCUCCCUGCCCUGGAGCACACCAAACUGUAGGUGUCGGUCUCCUCCUCUCCCACAGGCUGUGGCGGGUGCCAUGGGGCAGGCUGACAGCUUAUAGGGUGCUGGAAGUGGCAUUUUCAACUAAGUGGAUGCUCAUAACUGGGGAGCAGCCCAAUAAGUUACAGUGUAGGAAAGUAAGGGUAGGUUAUUAUUUUAUAAAAUGAUGAACAGACUGAUUUUAGAAAAGUCUGCAAGAUUUACAUGAACUGAUGCUGAGUGAAGCGAGCAGAACCAGGAAAACACUGUACAUGGUACAGGAGGAUGUGUGAUCAACCACGCUAGACUCAGUUCUUCUCAGUCUUUCAGUGAUCCAAGACAAUCCCAAUAAACUUCGUAUGGAAAACGCGUCCAGAGAGAGACCUCUGAGACUUAGUGUGAAUCAGUUGCAUGUGAUUUUUACCUUUUUUUUUCUUCUGUGUUUUUUUCCUUUCUUUUGUUCUGAUUUUUCUCUCCCAACAUGACU